CCCCGUCAGAGUGUGUUGAUGUUUUGUGGAGUGACGGGCUGGAGGAAGAAGGAGCCGCGUUUUGUUUUUGUUCAAACAAACCGUCGAAAAGGAGCCGAGCCGCGGUUCCAGCGGUCCGUUUGGGUUCGUUAAGAGCCUUAGCUCGGUGAUCAGAGCCGCGGGACCGGGUCCGAGGGCCGACACACCGCAGCAUUUGAUCCAGAACGGGAGGACUCGUCACCCUCUGACCCCCUCCCUGCCUCCCUCCCUCCCUCACACACCACCAUGACGAUUCUCCCGAAGAAGAAGCCCAGCUCCGGGGUCGGCGUCUCGGACCACGCCGAUGACAGCGACCGUCGGAGCGGCUCAGACCCGCACCAGCACCCGCACGCCGGGCGGACCGGAGCCCGGCCGAGGGCGUCCCCGCCGCCGUGGUCCUACCAGCCCGCUCCGCCCUCCGCAAGGGACGACAGGCGGAGCAUCGAGGCGAGCUCCCGGCCGCAGCAGGCCUCUCCGCC